GGCGAGCAGUACGAGGCUGUUGAGUUCUGUUUACGUGCUCUUGAACUGAGUAAGAACCUCGAGGACCAGGUCCUCGAAGCCACCUGCCUCUUCACACUUGGCACUAUAUAUUACGAUGCUGGAGAAGUGCGCCAGGCGGUAGAGGCUUUCGAAAGGUGUCUGGUUCUGCGAAGGAAGACAAGGAACAAGAUUGGUUUAGCUGAAACGCUGAAUAAGCUUGGAUUGACAUACUGUGAUAUUGGAUACGACCUGAGGGCGAUCGACUACUUUGAACAAAGUCUCGUGAUUUGUGAGGAUAGUGCAGAUCUGCAUGGCCAAGCUGUAUGCUUGCAACACCUUGGCAAUGUGUUCAAGAUGCAGAAAGAUAACAAGCUGGCAAUAGACUUUUUUGAGCGAUGCUUGUCUGUCCGUGAAAAGAUAGAUGAUAAACGUGGAUGCGCGGAUUGUCAUGAGAGUCUUGGUUUAGUGUUUUAUGGACUAGGGAACUUCAAGAUUGCAACAGAACAUUAUGAAAAAGCCUUGUCGGUAAGAAUCGCUCUAGGAGAUAGAGCUGCGCAGAGUGAAUGCUACAAGAGCCUUGGAACAGCUUAUAUUCGGAUGGAAGAUACAGGAAAAGCAGUGCAAUCCUUUGAACAUUGCUUGCAAUUGCAAAAACAAAUAGGAAAUGACAAUGGUAUUGUGGAUGCACUCAUUUCCUUGGGGCUUGCAUAUUUCAAAGCUGGCGACAAUCAGGCUUCAGUCAAACAUCUUGAAGAUGCCUUGAUGUGGUUCGAAUUCUUGCCUGAGGAGGAUGCUGCUUCCAGCACUGGCAAAGCUGUGUGUCUUGACCACCUUGGAAACGUUUACAGUAAAAUGGGGAGGCCAUCAAAGGCGGUUGAGCACUACAAGAAGAGCUUGGUUGUCAAAAGAGAAAUCAAUGACAUGACCGGCGAAGCUCUUGGGGAGGCGCAAUGUUUGGACAACUUGGGGCUGGCUCACUACUCUUUGGGUGAUCUGAACAAAGCAGCCGAAUAUUACGAACAGAGCAUGGCGAUUUGGAAGUCUGAGGGCAAUAGAGCCGGUGAGGCAAACAUCCGGAUGAGACUCGCCGAGUGCCACAUGGCGUUCAAGCGCUAUGAACGAGCUGUCGAUGAGGUGAACUUGUGUCUGGAGCUCAGAAACCAUCUCGGCGAUCACCGAGGGCAGGCAGAAUGCUAUUUUCAGCUGGGCAAUGCCCACGGAGUGCUUGGAGAUUUCAUGGCGGCAGAGGAAAGUUACACCAAGUGCAUCGCCCUGAGACGCGAGCACGGCGACAGGUACGGCCUUGCAGAUGCCAUAUCAGCUAUCGGGCAGUUGAUGGUUGCCAACGGAAAGGCAUUGGAUGGUCUAGAAAGUCACAAAGAGGCGCUUGAAAUCAGACAAGGGCUGGAAGACAAGGUGGGAAUAGCUGAGAGCUACAACAAUCUUGCAGUCUGUUACAAUCAGACGGGGGACCAAGAAAGCGCGUUGAGAUAUUUUCAGAGUUGUCUGGAAUUGAUGCAGCGGGGAAAAGACUCUGUCAGGGAAUGUAAAUGCCUACUCAAUAUGGGUGCAUGCUAUGCUGAUCAAGGAGACUUUGCAAAAGCGAUUGAAAUGUUUGAACAAGCCUUGCUGGUCUGCAGGGCGUGCGGGGAUUUUGAGGAUGAAGCCGCCUGCUUCUGCAACAUCGGAAGUGCAAAUUUGCAGUUGGGGCUUAUUGAAAAAGCGCUUGAAUGCUACGACAUUGGACUGAGAAUUCUGAAGAAACUUGGCGACAAGAAGGGAGAAGGAGAAUGCUUGCACAACAUGGGAGCUGCCAACUUUAACAACGGCAGCACUGAGACAGCAGUGAAGCUCUUCGAUGAAGCCUUUCAGAUUUUCCGCUCCUUGAAGGACUCCAAAUCAGCCACCAUGUGCCUCAACAGCUUGAAAUCAGCUUACAUCCGACUUGGAGACGCGUCGCAAGCAACCAUCGACGAGCUACUAGAGUCGCUCGCCAUCCGGAAGAAAGUCGGGGACAGGAAGGGAGAAGCUGAAUGUCUCCGUCGUCUCUCCCAUGCUUACACACUUGUGGGCAAACUGUCAACCGCCAGGAAAGUCACGGAGCAGGCAAGACAACUUGCGAUGGAGAACGGCAUAGCGUUGGAUGAUGCCAAGGCUGACAUGUUGUUGGCGAAGAUUGAC